UUAAAAAAAUGAAAUGAAGCAACAGCGAUGCAAGAUGGCAGCCACCACGGGCUCGGGAGUAAAAGUCCCUCGCAAUUUUCGACUGUUGGAAGAACUGGAAGAAGGCCAGAAAGGAGUGGGAGAUGGCACAGUUAGCUGGGGUCUAGAAGAUGACGAAGACAUGACACUUACAAGAUGGACAGGGAUGAUAACUGGGCCUCCAAGAACAAUUUAUGAAAACCGAAUAUACAGCCUUAAAAUAGAAUGUGGACCUAAAUACCCAGAAGCACCCCGUACCGCCUUUGUAAGAUAUGUAACAAAAAUUAAUAUGAAUGGAGUUAAUAGUUCUAAUGGAGUGGUGGACCCAAGAGCCAUAUCAGUGCUAGCAAAAUGGCAGAAUUCAUGUAGCAUCAAAGUUGUCCUGCGAGAGCUCCGGCGCCUAAUGAUGUCUAAAGAAAACAUGAAACUCCCUCAGCCACCUGAAGGACAGUGUUACAGCAAUUAAU